UAGUGGGCCCCGCAGCAACCCCACCAGCUCCGAAACCCAACCCUACGACCGUUUAAGGCCUCCUCCUCCUUCCUCUCCCUCUGUACGAGCGAAAACUCAGAAGAAGACAUGGACGCGACCGACGCGAAGGAGCAGAUUGAUGUGAGGUCGGUCGUGGAAGCUAUCUCCACCGACGACGCCGACGCCCCUCUCUACCAGGUCGAGAGCCUCUGCAUGCGCUGCCACGAAAACGGAGUGACGAGAUUUCUGCUUACGUUGAUUCCUCACUUUAGGAAGGUCUUGCUGUCGGCUUUCGAAUGCCCACACUGCGGUGAGAGGAACAAUGAAGUUCAGUUUGCUGGCGAGAUCCAACCUCGGGGAUGUUGCUACACGUUGCAGGUUCCUACAGGCGACCAGAAGAUAUUCAACCGGCAAGUUGUGAAAUCUGAAUCUGCCACUAUCAAGAUUCCUGAAUUGGAUUUCGAAAUUCCUCCUGAGGCUCAAAGGGGAUCCUUGUCUACGGUUGAAGGGAUAUUGGUACGAGCCACAGAAGAACUGCAGGCCCUCCAAGAAGAACGCAAGAAAGUGGACCCGCAGACAGCUGAAGCGAUUGAUCAGUUCUUAUUAAAACUGAAAGCUUGUGCCUCAGCAGAUUGUCCAUUUACCUUCAUCUUGGAUGAUCCCGCUGGAAACAGCUUCAUUGAGAACCCUUUUGCCCCAUCCCCUGAUCCCUCACUCACUAUCAAGUUUUAUGAGCGGACGCCAGAACAACAAGCUUUAUUAGGGUACCUUGUCGACCCUGCACAGUGUAGAGAAGUUGGUGAUGGAGUGACAGCAGAGGAAGUGCAAAGUGUUGUUCCAGAACCAAGAAGAAGAGAACCGCAUGGUGCAGUUGGAGCAGCGGCCGCUCAUCGUGCUAUUGCUCAGGGUAAUAGUGCAGAGAUUGCUGAAGUUAUGUUUCGUUACUCUGCACCUGAAGAAGUUAUGACUUUCCCUUCGACUUGUGGAGCUUGUGCUGCUAAGUGUGAAACUCGAAUGUUCGUCACCAAUAUCCCAUACUUUCAAGAAGUAAUUGUGAUGGCGUCGACAUGCGAUGCUUGUGGUUAUCGUAAUUCAGAGUUGAAGCCUGGUGGGCGAAUUCCUGAGAAGGGAAAGAGAAUAUCUCUUUUUGUGAAGAAUACUGAAGAUUUAAGCCGUGAUGUUAUAAAGUCUGAUACUGCCAGUGUGAGACUUCCAGAGCUUGAGUUGGAGCUUACGAGUGGCACUUUAGGUGGAGUUGUUACCACUGUCGAAGGAUUGAUCUCCAAGAUAAGUGAAAACCUUGAGAGGGUGCAUGGAUUUACUUUUGGAGACAGUCUUGAUGAUCACAAGAGAGCAAAGUGGAAAGACUUUAAGGAGAGACUACGGAAGCUUUUAAGUCUAGAGGACCACUGGAGUUUGGUUCUCGACGAUGGACUGGCAAAUUCUUUCAUUGCUCCAAUAACUGACAAUAUUGAGGAUGACCAUCAGUUGACAUUUGAGGAGUAUCAAAGGUCAUGGGAGCAGAACGAGGAAUUGGGUCUGAAUGAUAUGGACACUUCUUGUGCCGAUGCCGCUUAUGACUCAUCGAAUGCUGAACUGAGCAAGGGAUCAGAUGCGGAACAACAUUAGUUUGAUAUAUUAAUGUUACUAGUUGGCAGGCAACCGCUUCUCUGUCUGUCUUUGGUUUUUUCUCUUUCCC